AUAAAAGAUAAGAACAUUUUAACGCUUAUAAAACUGCCCACAAUCAUUUAUUUCACCCAUUAUCAGUGUUUAUCGAGCUAAAGUAACUAAGUAACUUUGGUCGCGCCAAACUUUGAAAAGUAAAUAUAAAUUUGUAUCACUGAUGAUGUAUCCCAAUGAUGAAACUUUGCGCGCAGUUGAUAGUGAAAAUGGAUUGUUUGGUGGUAAACAUUCAUAUUUAGAAAGAAAUUGUAAUCAAAUUUUCAUGAGAGGUCCAGCGUUAACAAAAGAAAUCUUAGAGAAAGUUCAAGAGGAAAUUGUACCAAAAAAAACUUAUAUUUUUGGUCAUGAGUACAAUACAAAGCGGAUACUAUUUAUUUCUGGAUUGGCUGUACUUUUUCUCAUAAGUCUAACUGGAGCUGUUCUCACAUGGUUUACAAAUGCUUUUGACGAUCUAGUAUUAUCGCAAGUAGUUCUCAAGAACAAUAGUAAAGCUUUUGAUAUGUGGAAGAAACCCCCAGUUAGACUUAGAUAUAAUGUCCACUUAUUUAAUUAUACAAACGUUGACGAUUAUAGAGAUGGUAUUGUCGAAAAACUACAUCUAGAGGAAAUUGGACCAUAUGUUUAUGAGGAAGUUUUAGAAAGGAUAAAUAUUUCUUUUCCAACUGAAGAUACAAUCUCUUAUAGAGAAUAUAGAACUCUAUCUUUCAAACCGAAUCUAUCUAAAGGAAAUCAAGAUGAUAAAGUUAUCGUCCCUAACGUACCAGUGCUUGCUGGAUCUGCUUAUACAAAAUCUCAGAAUUAUUUCAAUAGAUUGGCUUUCUCUGGAAUACUUUCUGGAAUGGAUGAAGAAGCAUUUUCCAAAAUAUCAGCAGGUUCUUUCAUAAUGGGCUAUGAAGAUAGAUUCUAUAGCUUAGCUAAAAAUUUUUUACCCUUUGAUACUCCAGAGGAAUUGGGCAUAAUGGUAAAGAAACUUGGACAAUCUCCUUAUAGCAUAACUAUAAAUUCUGGUAAAAACGAUAUGAAUAAAUUUGCUCAAAUAGAAAAAUUUGAUGGAAAAGAACAGUUGGACUAUUUUUCAGGCGAUUGUAACAGUAUUCAAAGUACAGAUGGAGCCUUGAAUCCACCAAAGCGAGUUCGAGCUAAGCAACCGCUUUAUUAUAUGUUUCCAGAGGGUUGUAGAAGAAUGCCACUUGUUUUUAAUAAGGAAACAACUAUACGUAACGGUACGAUACCGGUCUAUCAAUACACUUACCCAGAAGAUAUUUAUGACUCGGCAGAUGAAAAACCUGAGAAUAGAUGUUAUUGCAGUAACCAAUGCCCUUUGAAGGGAGUUUUUAAUAUAACUGGCUGCAGUUUUGGCUGUCCAACGUUUAUCUCUCACCCACAUUUCCACAGAGCUGAUGCUCGUCUAGUAAAACAUUUCACCGGAUUACAUCCUGAAAGAACAACAUACAAAUCUUAUUUCAAUUACCAUCCUACAAUAGGAUUUCUAAUAUCUGCCAGAAAUUUGAUUCAGCUCAACGUACAGGUUCAAAAAGCUGGUGCAGUAUCCCAAGUUGAUAUGUUCGAUGAUGGUAUGAUUCUACCAUUCGCUUGGCUGGAAGGGGUUUUAGAUGAAAAAACAUUACCUCAAGAAUUAAUAGACACAAUAAAUUUAGCAACUUUCAUCGCUCCAACCGUCAAUUUGAUAUUAAAAUACGGCUGCUUACUCACCGCUAUUAUAACUUUUAUUUUUCUAAUACUUUUUAAUAGAAAAGAAAAGAGAACACUCUCUCAGAAUUUGAUAAGGACACAUCAAGGCUAUUCUAUAAGCAGCUGACUGGAAUUAUUAAUAAUAACAAGGAGAUAGAAUGAAAUGAAUAUUAGAUCUUUACAGCUAUCUCUCAGACUGAUGGGAAAACUCAAAGAGAAUAUAAUUUAAGCGGUUAUUUAUUUAGUUUAAGGUGAAAUGUUUUGUGUUAAUCAAAAACGAUAUUAAAAAAAUAGUUGGAUAGUGGAUCUCCAAACUUUUGUACUUUUUUGUUGUUGAUUUGAGUUUUAUUGAAAUGUUAAUUGAUCAAUUUAACAUCAACAAAUUAUUUGUAUCAAAUAUCUUUACCUGUUUGUCACUAGGUUCAGUGGCCGAUGAAUUGAUUUUUGUUAAUUCUAUCUUGUGACGACUAUAUUAUAACUAAGUUGUGUCGGUUGCAUUUGAGCUGUUCAUCUGUGUAUAAAUUUCAAUAAAAUAAAGAAAUAUUCGUAUGUUUGAAAUAUUACUACUAGUGUCAUAUAGCUACUGUUGUGAUAGAGAGAUAGCGAACUAUGAUUGAACAAUGAAAAAUAAGUGUAUACUUGAUUAUGGGCGAUCACAUAAUAUAUCAUACAUCAUUCAUCUGUAGAACCCUUGAAAAUAUUUGGUUACAUUGUAAUUAUGAGUAUAGUCACCGAAUAUCAACAAGACAAUAAGAGUCACUCUAGGAUCCUCUAUUGUCCUCUAUUGUCCUUUCUUGCCAUUGUCAUAACAAUGCUUUUUUAAAUGAAACUAAUAGUUCACUCAGUUUGCUACAGCAAUAAAAUGCCACGAAUGUGCUGUGUAGAUGGUGUGCUGUGUAGAUUGAUGUUCUAUCAGAGAAAGGACACACAUAUAUCUAUUUUCAUUGUCCAAAAGAUGAAAUUAGGUAAGUAAUUGGAUUAUUUUUUUCAAAUGUGAAUAUCAAAUAAUUAAUUUUGUUAAUAGAGAUUUAUCUUAAAUUUCUAAAUGUGUAAUAUUUUUGUUCCUAUCACCGUCUAAACGUGAAGUUGUUACUUAUAUUUUCAGAUGUCAACGUUGGAAACAGGUCUUGAAAGCGUUUAAAGAUGAUUUUACGUCGUUUGAGUCGUGCAUACAAGGAUAUAUUGAAAAAUUCUUUGCUUUCUAUAGAACAAAAAAAAAUUUCAAUGUCAAAAUAUUUUAUUACUCAACAUAUUCUUCUCUUAAUUGGAUAUAUUCAUUACAGCGAACCUGCAACGUCUCUAGACCUUUCAAAAAAAAAAAAUGUUUCUUCUUGCUCUGCAAAUCAGACCUCCACAAGGAAAUUUACGAUUUUUUGAUGUUUUUCCAGUUGAGGACAGAGAUGAUAGUCGGACGGAGCCAAAUCUGGUGAAUUAGAGGGGUGUUCUAGUUAAUCAAAUCCUAAAUCACGAUUUUUUGCAUGGAAACAUUAGAUUUGAGUGCAGGGGCGUUGUCCUGCAAAAACAAAACACCUUUGGAUACCUUUCCGUGUCUUUUCUCUUUAAUUUUUUCACGUAGAGUGGUCAGUAAUGUCGAAUAGUAAUCUCCGUUUAUUAUUCUACCCUUAUCCAAAAAAUUCAUCAUAGUAGGUAAUGGGCCACUUGAGACCAGCCCCUCCACUCCACUUUUCAUAAGUCACGUGACCACGCCUUCUCGCUUGGCUCCUUAUAUGGUAUCCGUAAAAUGUAAGUUUUGGUAAAAUAUGGUAAGAUCGCGCUACAGGUGAAGUAAGUAGAGAUGGGCAUGAUCAAAUAUAUUUCGCUUUUAACGUUAGGUGAUAUUAACCUUACAACAACAAAUGUUAUAAAAAUAAAUCACGACCUUAUAAUUUUUCGAGCGCAGAGGUAGAAAAGCUGCAUGUUUUUCUUAUAGGCUCACCCCGUUGUGCGCAACCAAAAAAGGCUUCACCCCUCGUGGAUUCCUU